AAAAUGUUCAAAAUGCCGCAAUCAGGGAAAUUGGCCCAUUUCCGCCUCCCUCCUCUCCCCCCUUCUCUCUCAGUUUUCGCCCAAGGUAGGGUUUCAGAUUGAGAACUGGCUCACCAAGUUGGCUCCUUUGUUCCAUGACCAACUUCACCACCACCACCACAGAUUCUCUCUCUAUUCGAUCUCUUUCUCCCUCUCCUCUCCCCCUCUCCCCCCUUCUCUCUCAGUGUUCGCUGCUCCCAAGAUAGGGUUCCCAUUGAGAACUGGGUCACCGAGUUGGCUCCUCUGUUCCACGACCAACUUCACCACCACCACCACAGAUUCUUUCUCUGUUCGACGCCGUCGUCUUCUCUUUCUCUCUCUGCUUCGAACCCCCUCCGGUACCUCUCUCGACUAGAUUCGGGUUGCUCGGAUUGAGUCCGCUCAAGUUGCACUAGACAAUCCUUGUUCAGAGCUCAUCCGACCCGAACCUAAUCAGAUGGACCCCUGACCCAUAUUCCUUUCUCUCGCCCGUUUGCCAAGUAUCGAAUUGAACUGUUUCUGAGAACUUCUCUCACCUUCUAGACAAAUACAGAGAGAGAGAGAGAGAGAGUCAUAAACCCUAGUUUCACCUCCGAACUCACCUCUGUGUAUUCAACAAUGGAGACGAACAAAGACUCAAUAGUGGAUGUGAGAUCAGUGGUCGAAGCUAUAUCUUCAGAUGACAAUGACGCUCCUCUUUACCAGGUCGAAAGCCUUUGUAUGCAUUGCCGCCAAAACGGCACAACGAGGUUUUUAUUAACUUUGAUUCCGCACUUCAGAAAGAUCUUGUUGUCAGCCUUUGAGUGUCCACAUUGUGGUGAGAGGAACAAUGAAGUGCAGUUUGCUGGUGAGCUCCAGCCCCGAGGGUGUCAUUAUCAAUUGAACUUUCCACCAGGUGAUCAAAAGAUGCUCAAUCGGCAAGUAGUGAAAUCUGACACGGCCACUAUUAAGAUUCCUGAACUGGAUUUUGAGAUUCCUCCAGAGGCUCAGCGUGGAUCUCUGUCAACGGUGGAAGGGAUAUUGUUACGAGCUGCGGAUGAAAUAGAGGCCCUUCAAGAAGAAAGAAAGAAAGUGGAUCCCCAAUCUGCUGAAUCAAUUGACCGGUUCUUGCCAAAAUUGAGGGCUUGUGCAAAAGGCGAGUCACCCUUUACAAUCAUUCUUGAUGAUCCUGCUGGCAACAGUUUCAUUGAGAACCCGUUUGCUCCAUCUCCGGAUCCGUCAUCGACAAUUAAGUUCUAUGAACGAACUCCUGAGCAACAAGCAUCACUGGGGUACGUUGUCGACCCAUCACUUGGGGGAGAACAUCGUGAUGAAGCGUUAUCAGAGGAACUAAAUAGUACUGGUGAUCAAACUAGAAGAGAACCGCAUGGAUUAAUUGGAGCUGCAGCUGGUCAACGGGCUAUUGCUCAGGGUAAUAGUGCAGAAUUUGCUGAAUCUUUGUUUCGGUACUCUGCACCAGAAGAGGUGAUGACCUUCCCAUCAACAUGUGGAACUUGUGCAGCCAAGUGUGAGACUCGAAUGUUUGUCACCAAUAUUCCAUACUUCCGAGAAGUGAUCGUCAUGGCAUCCUCUUGUGAUGCUUGUGGGUACCGCAAUUCUGAGUUGAAGCCUGGUGGCCGUAUUCCUGAAAAAGGAAAGAAAAUUACAGUUCUUGUGAAGAACAUUAAUGAUCUAAGCCGUGAUGUGAUAAAGUCAGAUACUGCUAGUGUAGAAGUUCCAGAGCUUGACUUGGUACUGACAAGUGGAACAUUGGGUGGAGUUGUGACUACAGUUGAAGGUUUGAUCACUAAAAUUAGUGAAAAUCUUGAGAGAGUACAUGGAUUUACUUUUGGGGACAGUCUUGAUGAUAGUAAGAAAAGCAAGUGGCUAGACUUCAGAGCAAGGCUUAACAAGCUUCUGAGUGUGGAAGAUCCGUGGACAUUGAUUAUUGAUGAUGCCCUGGCUAAUUCUUUUGUCGCACCGGCAACUGACGAUGUUAAAGAUGACCAUCAGUUAUCAUUCGAGGAAUAUGAGAGGUCGUGGGAGCAGAAUGAGGAGUUGGGUCUGAAUGAUAUUGACACCUCUUCAGCUGACGCUGCAUACGAGUCGACUGAUGCUACACGAAAGGAGGGAACAACUGUAUGAAAUUUUCUUGCUGUUUCCAUGUUUUCCAAUACAAGUGAAAGCACAAGCACCUAGUCCUCCUUAUCUAUCAUUUUCAAGUUGUACGAGUUUCCUAUUUUCAAGUUGAAACAAUUUUGUUUUGUAUUUGUUUUUUGUGUUUUUAAAGGAAUCAAGUUGUAAAAACACGUGGGACGAUCCCUCGUGGUAGUUUGUAUCUUGUUAGAUAAUUGAUGUUACUUUAUGAGAGCAGUCUAUAGUUUCUGUUUGGCUUCA